AUGGGAGCAAAAGGUUUGCUUAUCCUCAAGCUUCUAAUGUUUCAGGGUCUUUUCAUUUCACAUUCUCAAUAUGCAGACUUUGAUUUCUUCUACUUAGUUCUUCAGUGGCCAGGAGCCUAUUGUGAUACAAACCGUAGCUGUUGCUAUCCAACAUCCGGUAAACCUGCGGCAGAUUUUGGCAUCCAUGGUCUUUGGCCUUAUUACGUAGAUGGUUUAUAUCCAUCACAUUGCAGUCCCGACAGUAAAUUUAAUCAAUCUCAGAUAUCGGAUCUGGUAAGUAGUUUGAAAACGAAGUGGCCAACACUAUCGUGUCCGAGCAACGAAGGUUUCAAGUUAUGGGAGCAAGAGUGGAAAGAACACGGCACGUGUUCCGAAUCUGUAAUGAAUCAACAUGACUACUUUGAGAAGACUCUUAAACUUAGAGACAGAGUUAAUCUUCUACAAAUCCUAACAAACUCCGGAAUCAAACCAGAUGACGGCUUCUAUGAUCUUCAAAGUAUUAAAGACGCGAUAAAACAAGAGAUUGGGUUUACUCCAGGAAUCGAAUGUAACAAAGAUCCGGAGCUUAACAACCAACUUCACCGGAUCUACCUUUGCGUUGAUACAUCAGGGACUGAGUUUAUCGGAUGUCCAGCGUUGCCAAAAGAAAGAUGUUCUUCUAUACUCCAGUUUUCUAAGUUUUAGUUAUAUAAACCUUUGACUGUUUUGUUGUAAUCUUUAUUAUCUUUCCAUACUCCAACUUUCAUUUGGACUCUACCAUGUAAUGUUUCACAUGCU